GACCUUGUUUGUCUCUUACAAGCCAAGGCGAAUACCUGCACUACAUGAUAGUAAGUAUCUAUUUAUCUAUUUAUAGUGAAGAUAGGGGAAUCAGCUUAGUGCCUGGUGACUAGCUGUGAUCUAGAUAUCUCAGCCACCUCAGUGGGCUCUUAACCCUUCGGGGAACAACCUUCUGGUUUUCAUUUUGCUUCCUGAUAGGUUUUGUACACUGACCAGCCAGCAAGAACCUUUUGUGCCAUUUGGCACAUUUCUCAUUGUAAAUUGUUAAAUAGGUGGUCUGAAUCAUCUGUCGGUCCUUGGUGAAUCUGGUUAGCAUAUUGUCCCUUUUGUACCUGAUCAACUCUUGAUACAGUGGUAAAACCGAGCAGAGCUGACGGAACCCAAGCUUGGACUGAAGUGACAUCCUGUCUUCAGGUCAGCUCUAUGGCUCUUCCACAUGAUUCAAACGAAACUUCCUAUUUGCUACCUCCAAGCAAGGAGGACUGGGAAAGGCAAGCCAUUCCUGAUUUUGUUUAUGGGCAGAAGGAUCUCGUGGCAGAAGGGGUUCAGUGGCCAAAGAAUGCACCUGGCACUCUGCAUGCUCUGCCUCAGUCUCCCUUCGAUGCUGCACUCUGCUCCGCCUGGAGGCAGCGGGUGGAGCUGGGGCUGUUUCGCUACCGCCUGCGGGAUCUACAGACCCAAAUCCUCCCUGGUGCUGUGGGUUUUGUGGCUCAGCUGAAUGUGGAGCGCGGUGUGCAGAGGAGGCGCCCACAGACCAUCAGGAGUGUGAGGCAGGCAUUUGACCCUGAGCAAUUCAACUUCAAUAAGAUCCGGCCGGGAGAAGUUCUCUUCUGUUUGCGCCGGGAGCCUGAUCUCCCAGGGACGCUCCUGCAAGAAGACAUCCUCGUGGUGAUCAAUGUCAGCCCCCUGGAGUGGGGCCACGUGCUGCUGGUGCCUGAGCCUGCCCGGGGCCUCCCCCAGCGCCUGCUGCGGGGUGCACUGAGGAUGGGGGUCGAGGCUGUGCUGCUGAGCUUACACCCGGGCUUCCGUGUCGGCUUCAACAGCCUGGGAGGCUUGGCUUCGGUGAACCACCUCCACCUGCAUGGCUAUUAUCUGGCCCACAGACUGCCCGUGGAGCAUGCGCCAAGUGCGCCCCUGGAUCCUGGAGGCCAUUUGCAUCUGCUCCAGGGCCUCCCCGCUCCCGGCUUCCUCUUUUACUCUCGGGGGCCAGGGCCUGACUUGGAGGCCUUGAUAAGCAGGGUAUGUCGGGCCACUGAUUAUCUCACUAACCAUGAGAUUGCACAUAACUUGUUUGUGACCCGGGGAGCUCCGCCAGGAAAGACGUCACCUUCCUCAGCCCUCACAGGGGUCCGAGUCAUUCUGUGGGCCCGUAAGUCCAGCUUUGGGAUAAAGGAAGGUGAGGCCUUCAAUGUUGCCCUCUGUGAACUAGCUGGGCACCUCCCUGUCAAAACCUCCCAAGACUUCAGUAGCCUGACAGAGGCAGCGGCUGUGGCCCUCAUUCAGGACUGUCUGCUGCCCCCAGCCCAGGCAGAAGAGGUCCAGGCUGCACUGGUAGCCCUGAUGGCCCAGGAAGAGCAAUAAUACUUCUGGAU